CGGUCGGAGUCCGCGGCUGUCGACAGAUUUGUAAACACACGUGAAGUUUAUCCGGAGUCUUCUAGUCACCAGUGAUCGCAGCCAGUGGAGAGUUUUCGGUGAUUUCAACGCCGGCCGUAUUUUCUCAAAAUUUUUCGAAUUCGCAAUUUUUGAUUCGUGAACGAUGGAGAUGUGCACGGCCCAAGGCCACGUUGUUGGGAUGUUAGAUCGCGAUCAAAGGACCGCCAAAGUGUGCAGAUUUGACAGGCACGUGGUGUUAGUGAAAGAGUACGAAGAUUCGCGGGAUCAGACCGCGUUAACGAGACGAAAUAAAACGAUUAGUCACCGUUCCGUUCCGGGAAGGACGAGUCCACACUCUUCGUGCAAAACCAGGAAAAAUAGACACUUCUGGAAGAGUUUACACAGAUUAAAACACGCCCUAAUCGUCGGAGCGUACCUAAGCCUCUUCACGUUUCCCAGUAUUGAAUCGGCGCCGACGAUACGAACCUCCAAGUCCAUGUCGCGGGCCGCCUCCAAGCCCAAGUGGUUCAACCCGUGCGGCAUGAGCGCCGUCAAUGGCGCCGCCCCCGAGCACCGCAUGCCCGACGUCCAGCUCAUCGACCAGAUCCUCAACCAGGCCCAGAUCGCCGAAGUCAGAGCCAAGAUGUUCAAGGAGGAGUAUGUCCACAAAACAUUCAACAUGGACGCGCAACAGCUGCACAAUUACUACAAAGACAAGGAUUACGACUGGCUCCCGACCAAGGAGAUCCCCAAAAAUUUGGACCAGGCGGUCCCCCAAGAACACCUAGACACGUUGGAGUUUAAACCGACUCUGACAACCGUCUACAGCAAUCUCCAGAAAUUCGCCGUGGGGAUAGAACAGAUCGUCUGGGACGAGGAGGACCGGAACGGCCCGUUCAAGUCCUCAUUUGUUCAAACCGAAGACUAUCUUCGUACUCUACUCUGCGAGAUUUACACAGCCAUCAUCGAGAAGGAGCUCACGGUGGAGCAAAACGUCGAUCGGGACAUCAUGGGGCCGGAGUUCCGGAACAUGGACAACACCUCCAUGAACAUCCGGAACUGGAUCAUCUACAGAGAUUAUCUCAACAUGCUCGAAUAUAUCAUUCAAGUAUUCCGCCACUUCAAGGCAAAGAUCGAGUGAAGAGUUUUUAAAGUAUUUAAUUUAUUUUUCUAAUUUAAUUUAUAUAACACGUGUACAUUUAGAAGAGAAUAUAUAUCUAUAUUAUAUUAUUUAAUAGUAAAACAAAUGCUGUAGAUAUUAGGAACUGUGAUAUUAGACUUAAUUUUUUUAA